CGCAACUAGACAGCGGACCCGCCGGAUCCUAAAACCCUACGCCUCCCGCCGCUGGCCACCCACGGCCACAGCCGCCACACCCAACCUCCCGCCGCCGUCGCCAGCCAGCCAGCCAUGGGGAGCCGGCUGGGUCGCCGCGUGAUCCACUUCGCCAACCUCCCCCUCAAGCUCAUGCUCCCUCCCGCGCCGCUCUCCUCCGUCCAGGAGUUCGCCGUCAAGACCGUCCCCUCCGCCUCCAAGGUCGACAUCCGCCGCUGCCUCGAGUCCAUGUACGGCUUCUCCGUCGCCGAGGUCCGCACCCUCAACAUGGAGGGCAAGAAGCUGCGCCGGGGCCCCUUCCUCGCCGCCAAGCCCGACUACAAGAAGGCCUACGUCACCCUCCGCGCCCCGCUCCCCGUCUCCCCCGACCUCUUCCCCAUUGGGCUUGUCCUCGGCGAGAGGGAGCGCAAGGCCAGCGCCGCCGCCGCCAGGAGGAAGGCGGUGGAGGGCGCCGAGGUGGAAGGGGAGGGCAAGGGGAAGCACUGGAUGGAGGAUGAGAAGGUGGGCUUCUCCAGGGCCGGCCGCGGCAAGGUGGUGUACGGCAACCCCGGGAGGCUGGGGAAGAAGAGGAAUGGAGGUACCAAGGUGAAAGACAGAGCCGGAGAGGAAGUGGGGAAGUUCCCAUGGAGCGGGACGCGUCUUGCUACCGAGAAGAAACCUGCUAGGAAACAGCAGUAUGCCCCCAAGAAGAAGGGCAUAGUCCUGAAGCAGAAGUCAUGGAAGGGAUCCGUGCAUCGGCAACCAAAGAAGAAGGUGGAAGCUUAGAACCUUGAGUCGCUGCAUUGCGAUCAUGAGUGCACUGUGCCACAGAGCAGGACGCGAGCGGUAGAUCCAUGAAUCACAAUGCCAGAUCAGUCUUGUUUUUCAUUCACAGAAUAAAGAGCAAUAUUUUGGCAUAUGUAUGGCUUUGGUUACUUUGAUAUCUCAGGCUUGGUUUUCUGACACAUGAGGCCAGGAAGGUGAAUGGUAGUCAAGUUUGUGCCAACCUGUUACUGAUGUCCUUAGAUUUCUUUUGAGAUGUCUAUUUGUCAUCAAUCACAACUGAGUAUGUACAACUGAUGCCUCCUCAUUUUUUUUUUGUUCUUGUCAAUUACAUAUACCUGUUAUUCCCGUGGAUUGGUAUCAUAUGCUGUUUCUGAGGCUCAUGUAUCAGUUGUUUUUGCAUUUCAAUUGUCACUAUAGAAAGAAAAGCUGCAUUCUUUGAA